GCGGGGCCGCUGGUGGCCCGCGGUGCUGGUGCUGCUGGCGGCGGCGAUGCCCGCGGCGCGGCCCCGUUCGCUGUACUCGCCCAGCGACCCGCUGGAGCUGCUGGGGGCCGACACGGCGGAGCGGCGGCUGUUGGGCUCCCCCAGCGCGUGGGCCGUCGAGUUCUUCGCCUCCUGGUGCGGGCACUGCAUCCACUUCGCCCCCACGUGGCGGGCCCUGGCCGAGGACAUCCGCGAGUGGAGGCCGGCGGUGAUGCUCGCAGCACUCGACUGUGCUGACGAGGCCAACCAGCAGGUGUGCGCUGAUUUUGGGAUCACCGGCUUCCCCACGCUGAAGUUCUUCAGAGCUUUCUCCAAGAAAGCAGAGGAUGGGAUAAGGAUUGCUCACCCUGCUGCCACCAUCGCGGACCUGAGACGUGCCAUCAUCACCAACCUGGAGCAGAGCGGGGACGCCUGGCCGCCCGCCUGCCCGCCGCUGGAGCCAGCGAGUGCCGAGGAGAUCCGCAGCUUCUUCCAUAGGAACGCGGAGCGGUACCUGGCACUGAUCUUUGAGAAGAGCAAUUCCUUCGUGGGCAGAGAGGUGGCGCUGGACCUGCUGCAGUACGAGAACGUGGCGGUGAGGAGGGUGCUGAGCAGCGAGGAGGAACUGGUGGAGAAGUUUGGCGUCACCGCCUUCCCCUCCGCCUACCUGCUGCUCCGCAACGGCUCCUUCUCCCGCCUGCCCGUGCACGCCGAGGCGCGCUCCUUCUACACCUAUUACCUGCGGACGCUCUCCGGCGUCACCCGCGGCUCCUACAGGCUCAAUGUCACCGGCAGCGCCGUCAACGAGACCCGUGCACUGCAGCCGGCGUGGGCUGACCGCUCCAAGGUGUACGUGGCCGACCUGGAGUCUGCGGUGCACUACACGCUGCGGGUGGAGGCUGGCCGGCCGGCGGUGCUGGCAGGAGCCCAGCUGGCUGCCUUCAAGUGCUACGUGGCCACACUGGCCAAGUAUUUCCCUGGGCGUCCCUCUGUGCAGACCUUCCUGCAGUCCCUGGACGGCUGGCUGCGGAACUGGACGGAGCCUGAGCUGCCUCGCAGCGCCUUGAAGGAGGCGGUGAAGAAUAAGGAGGACGCCUCCCCUGCCGCCGUGCUCCCCACCAAUGUCACCUGGGUGGGCUGCAGGGGCAGCGAGCCCCAUUUCCGCGGUUACCCCUGUGGGCUCUGGACCAUCUUCCACCUGCUGACAGUCCAGGCUGCCCAGGGCGGCCCUGACCAAGAGCUGCCGCUGGAGGUGCUGAGCACCAUGCGCUGCUACGUCAAGCACUUCUUUGGCUGCCAGGAGUGCGCCCAGCACUUUGAGGCCAUGGCGGCCAAGUCCAUGGACCAGGUGAAGGGCCGGGAGGAGGCCGUCCUCUGGCUUUGGUCCCACCACAACAAGGUCAACGCGCGCCUGGCAGGUGGUGACACAGAAGACCCCCAGUUCCCCAAGCUGCAGUGGCCCCCGCCGGACAUGUGUCCACAGUGCCACCGGGAGGAGCGGGGCGUGCACACGUGGGACGAGGCGGCUGUGCUGAGCUUCCUCAAGGAGCACUUCUCCCCACGUAACCUCCGCCUGGACCACGCCGUCCCCAUCCCCAGGGCUGGGGAGGAGGCGGUGGCGAGUGCUAGGCUGGGCACUGCAGGCCUCCGGGAAAAGGAAGAAAAGGAGGAGAAGGAGGAGGGAGAGAAGGAGACAGAGAAGCCCGACAGAGAGGGCGAGACGGGGCGGCCGGGCUCCUCGGAGCUGCGCCGUCCCAGCAUCGUGCGCAGGAACCCACGGCUGCAGGGGGUGGGCGAGGACAUCGUGGACCUGGACUCCUUCAGCGAGCAGCACUUCAAGAGCAAGGCGCUGCGGGCGGCCGGCCGGCACCGGCGGCUCAGCAAGCGGGACACCGUCGCCCUGCACCACGACGCCGGCUGGGAGCAGCUCCAAGUGCCCGAAAGCCGCGAGGAAGAGGAGGAGGGGGGCUUGAGGAGGAGCCCCUGGCUGCGGGUGCUGGGCUUGGGCUUCUCCCGCCUGGACGUCAGCCUCUGCAUCGCGCUCUACUUCCUCUCCUCCAUGUGCCUGCUGGGCAUGUACACCUUCUUCCGACUCCGCACCCGCGCACGGAAAGGUCGUCCUGGCUUCCCCGGGGCGUGAGAGCAAGUGGGACCACCCUCCCUGGGCUGCGGGGCUCCCUCUCGCAUCGCCCAGGGCUGAGGUUUUGCUGCUGUUUUUUGGAGGGUUGUCCCUCAGUGUGCCACAUCCUGGGGCUGUGAUGCUGAUGUUGGUUGGGGUCUGGGCACCCCACUGCCCUCUGCAGGGACUGGGCUGGUUUGGGACUGGGCGGCCCGGUCCUGUGCUGGGGCAGCCUCCUGGUUCAGCACCCUUCUGCGGCCGGGAGCAUCGCGUUGGUCCCCCACUCCUACUCCCCCUUUGCCUGUGGGGGCACUGGGGGCAGGUGUCAGCAUUUUGUCCCCCUCCCCAUCUCGUUGCUCGCUCUCUGCUUGUCUUAGUGGAAUAAAUUAUUUUUGCCGACGGUGGUGUCGGCUCGUCCCUUA